UAAUUUUACAUUAGCUUACCCCAAUAGAGUGUAAUAUUUACAACUAUAGUCACCAAAGCAUCAUAGUCUAAACAAGUUUUAAUGCUUUCACACAUAUCACAAAACUCUAUAAAAACAACCUGAAAAGAUGAAAAAAAAAAGAACAAAACGAGCAAAACUUAAAACAAAUCUAAAAGUAAGCAAGAUGGGUUUGGGAGAUAAAGCUAAAUCAUUAUUUCAAGUGAAGAUAAUGAAGAAAGAGGUGGUGGUACCCCUUGGUGUUUCGUCACUAAUCCAAAAACAUUGGUUGCCAGUGUCUAAUCUCGACCUUCUAAUUCCGUCACAACUCAAGUUUGUGGCUAUCCAAUGCUACAAGAAUCCGGCAUCAGAUUCGGGGCCACAAGCUUCUACUAAUGCUGCUGAGUCUUUUAUUAGUAGCUUGAAGAGAGGUUUGGCUCAAGUGUUGGUGCCUUUCUAUCCACUAGCCGGUGAAGUGGUUCGAAACUCGCUUGGUGAGCCUGAGAUUUGCUGCAACAACCGCGGUGUUGAAUUUAUUGAAGCUUAUGCUGAUAUUGAACUAGAAAAUCUCAACAUACACAACCUUGACGAGAAUUUUGUGGUAGGCAAAUUGGUGCCAGAUAAUAACCAUGACAUUCUUGUCGUCCAGUCAACAACUCUCAAGUGUGGCAGUGUAAUUGUGGUGACCCUAUUUGACCAUCGUAUAAGUGACGGCUACUCAGCUAGCAUGUUUUUAGUAUCAUGGGCUGAAUUUGUUCGGUCUAAACCUCUCACCUAUAAUAAUCCGCCCUCAUUUCGCCGAUCUUUACUAAACCCUAGCCGCAACUUUGGUAGCAUUGACACCUCGGUUUAUGACAAGUAUGUUACCGUUGUCACUACUCCAGAAAACACCUCGGGGCCAAGAAAUAAUGACAAUCCUAUUAAUCGCCUCUACUAUAUUAAAGCUGAACAUAUCAACAACCUCCAAACCCUAGCUUGCAAAAACAACAACAACAAUAACAUAACCAAGAUUGAGUCUUUUAGUGCUUUUUUAUGGAAGUUGAUUGCCAAAUCUUCUACUAGUACUGAUGUUGAAAAGCAAUGUAAAGUGGGCAUUGUUGUUGAUGGUCGGAAGCUAUUAGGAAGAGGCGAUGGAAAAGAGGAUCAUAACGCGAUGAGUAACUUCUUCGGAAAUGUGAUAUCCAUUCCAAACUGGGGAAAAAGAAUUUGUGAUCUCAAUAAAGAGCCACUCAAUGAGGUUGCUAGAGAUGUUCACAAGUCUUUAAAAGGAGUUGUGAUGAAGGAGCAUUUUUCGGGUUUGAUAGAUUGGGUCGAGGCCAUUCGUCCAAAGUCAGGAAUGUUCAGAUUAUCAAGCUACAAAAUAGAUGAUGGACCAUCUAUUAUGGUCUCAUCCGGGCUACGAUUUUCAACUGGAGUUGUUGAUUUUGGGUGGGGUAGACCCAUUUUGGGGACAUUUCAUUUUCCAAUGGGAAUGCGAAAACUUACCAAAGGUUCCUACGUAUACCCGGCAUUGAGUCCAAUUGGCAAUGGAGAUUGGGUGGUGUAUAUGCACUUAUUUAAGUCACAAUUGGAGUUCAUAGACAAAGAAGCUUCCAAUUUUUUCAAGCCAUUAACUUUUGAUUACCUUAGGUCAAUCAUGGACCAGCUGCCUUACCUGCAAAAAGAUGAUAUAAGCAUAAAGAGUAAAAUAUAACAUCAUAUAAGUGAUCAUGCAUAUAUAUAAAUGUAUAUACUAAAUUAGUAUUUGUAACAUAUAAUGUAUAUUUGCUUAAAAUUGUAUUAGAAUUGUUAUUAUCUAAUUAUUAAUUUAAAUAUGAUGAUAAUAAUUGUAAGAACUCGGUUUUGACCGAGUCAAAAAGGAAAAAAAAUAUGUAAUAUAAUUAAAUAAAAUAAAAUAAAUAAAUAUUUAUAAUAUAAAUAACUUUUUUUCCCAUCA